UCCACACUCCAUUACUUUAACGCCUCCCUCAACUCAUUCACUUCUCUCUCUCUCUCUCUGUGUACAUAUAUAUAUUGAGAGACCCUAAACUCUUUUUCAUUAUUUCGGCAGCCCCAUCUCUUUCCAUUCCCUUUUCUCAUACUAUUUCUUUUUACUUGAAACAAAUGCAAAAUAAAGUAAACAAGCAACAUUAAUCCAACACUAUGCAAGCUGAUCAUCCAGAAGAAAUAACUCUGAUCAAGGGAAAGCGCAGCAAGAGGCCGCGUCCAGACUCCCCGCCGCUUGUAUUAACCAUGCCCGCCACCACUACCUCAUCCACCGUCCCCCAACUCAGUGCCGGUGUUAUAACCCACGGGACUUCUGACCCUGCUCUAAUCCCCUCGCCUUCUAAUUCAGGCUGUGAUCAGCUCAGACAGACCACGGAUGAGGAGGAAGAAGACAUGGCCCACUGUUUGAUUCUCUUGGCCAAAGGGCAAGGCGAAAAGUUAUCUCACCCGCUGGCGGAGGUUUACCAGUGCAAGACGUGUAACAAAAGUUUCCCUUCAUUCCAAGCGCUGGGUGGCCACCGUGCAAGUCACAAGAAACCCAAUAAGCCAGCAGUAACCCUAGAGGAGAAAAAGCCCUUGAGAGAGAACCAAGAAGAUCUUCAACCAGACGGCCCCCGGCCUGAUGAUGGGACACUUGUUUCACUUCAAAUCUCAAAGCGUGUAUUAGGCAGCCCCCCAAACAAGUCUCGGGUUCACGAAUGCUCCAUAUGCGGAGCUGAGUUCGGUUCCGGGCAGGCCUUGGGCGGCCACAUGCGGCGGCACAGGCCCAUCCCGGCUAGCAGCCACGGCGAGUCCCAAGAAGUGAUGAAGAGGCCGAGGAAUCUAUUAUCUUUAGAUCUUAAUCUUCCUGCCCCAGAAGAUAUUGAUCACCCGGCGGCGGCGGAAUCCAAGUUUCCUUUUGCAGCAACAAAAGAACAAGUUAUAGUCUUUUCCGCCUCUCCUUUGGUUGAUUGCCAUUAUUAGAACUAAUUUGUUUUCAAGAAGAACUCAACAAGAAAAUUUUGAGUUCCUAAUUAUUUUUUUCAUAUUGAUCAUAAGCUCAACUAAACAGCUGAGAUAUAAUUCUUUUGUACCACCAAAUGCUUAAUUUAAUUAUUUAAAGAACCCAUGAUCCAGAUUAAUUGAUCA